AUGGCAGAUCAAGGUGGUUAUAAGAGGUUUGGUUGGGUGAUAAAAGACAUGCAAUGUGAGUGGUGUUUCUCUGUUCCAGUCUUAAUUGGUGACUCGAAAUGGCGUCUUGUUGCUCAUCCCACCGGAAUCUAUUCCGGAUACUUUUCUCUGUUUCUGGAAGUUGCUCCGGGAUUAUUGCCUCUCCGAUGGAGAAGAUACGUUGACUAUCGCUUCACUCUAGUCAAUCACCUCUCUGAGACAUAUUCCAUACAUAAAAGAGGAUGGCACUGGUUUGAUAAGGACGCUGUGAUUUGGGGAUUUAGAGACAUGAUUCCCGUAAUCAGCCUUAUUGCCCUAAAUAGUGGCUUCUUGUUAAAUGGGGAGCUUCUGAUUAUUGCUGAAGUAGAUGUUCUUGAAGUUACUGACACAUUAAGUACACCACUAUAUGUUGCAGAGAUUAGUGAUAAUAACGAACAGAGAACUCCUGAUGAUUCCUCUUCAUCUGAAGAUUUGCAGAACAAAGAUGAUGUAACUAUUGAAGUCAACGGCUUUCAGGUUCUUAGUUCGCAGGUUGAUCAGGUGAAGGCAAUCUUUGAGAAACAUCCAGAUCUCACAUGGGACUUCAGUUUAAAGAAUCAACAGAUCAAGAAUGCAUACAUGAAUGCUCUUCUUGAGCUAAUCAAGACACUGUGCAAAUCUUCUAAGGAGCUCACCGUGGAAGACCUGAAGAAAGCAGACAAUACGCUUUCUGAUCUGACAAAAGCAGGCUUGAAUUUGAAUUGGUUGCGUAAGAAGUUGGAUCAGGCUUUGGAAAAGCAGAUAGAGUACGACACACGGAUCAGAGAACUAGAGAAACAUGUCAAGAAGCGAAAGCUGGCAUUGGCAGAAGUUGAAGCCGACCUGGAGAAAGAGAAAGCUGCAGCUUCGGCUUCACUUAUGUCAUUCGAUUAA